CCGGCCCAACUGGGAACCCCCCGCAGCGGGCGCAGCAAAAGGCGGCGCUCGUACCCCGGCGGCCGCCCCGCUCCGGGUCCGCCCCGCUGCCGCGCUCGACGCCCGGUGCGGCGCAGGCUGGGAGCUGAGGGGGCGGGCGGCGUCCCCUCUCUACAGUUAAAAAUCAGCUGCUUCUCAGGGCCGGGCACGGGCUCCCCGAGGCUGCCUUUCCCCGGAGUAGCGACAGAGCGGCGGGGAGGAGGGGCCGGCCCCGCGGGCCAUGGCGGCGGGCGGGCCCUGCGGCAGGGCGGGCGCGGCGCGGCGGCCUCCCCGGGUGCCACCGGGGUUGGGCCGCCGCGGGUGUUCACCCCGGCCGCUGCGGGCGCCGGGCCCAGCAACAAGUCAAGGAGCUUUGCUGCCAGGCCUGAGGAAUGUUCUGAAACUGUAAAUGCUGGAAUUAACAGUCUGUAUUUGAUGCCUUCCAUAGAACCAAAACCUAGUUUGGGCAUUGAGAGCAUGCCAUCAGAAAUGCUGAUGAAGAUAUUUUCCUAUUUGGAUGCUGCGUCUCUAUUAUAUGUUGGAUGUGUGAAUAAGCACUUCUAUCAUCUGGCCAAUGACAAUGGAAUCUGGCUGAAAAUCUAUUCCAGCUGUUUUCAACCAAAAAGGACAAUUUGGACAGUGAAGUCUGAACAAACAGAAACUGUUUCCUUGGGCUGUGCUGCUCUACAUGAUAGAAAGCCUGGGUACUGGAAGAAAGAAUACAUCUUCAAACAAAUAGCUGCUGUCAAAACUAGAGUAAUGCGGCUUGUUAAACCUGUAGAUCCGUGUACAGGUCUUCCAUGUAAAAACAAGGAAGCUAUGAAAGCCUGUGGCUUGAGUUGGAUAAUUGUUCUAAAGGACAAAAAUGGAAAGGAACAUGUAAUGGAGAAGGCUAACCUAUCAUUUAAGGACACAUCUGUUACUAUACUUUGGUACAGUACAAAUUGGCCAUGCAUAGACAUCCUGUCAACCCUAAAACUAUUUGGAGUUAUUCCCGUGUUUCCUGACCAAAGCAGACCUGCCAGCAAGAAUGGACCUCAUCGACGUUCUUUAAUUGCUGAAUACUGUCUUGCUAACCUGACUGAAAGUAGUGCAGCAGUUGGUGCUGAUAAGCUUGUCCAGCUCUUCAGUCUGAAUCCAGGACUCUUAGUAGGACUUUGGAAGGAGAAAAAUGAAAUUGCUUUUGUUAUGGCGAGUCUUCAUUAUCAUCAACUUCUUGAGAGAAGCACUUUGGGUUCUGCUACUGUUCAAUAUACCCUUCCGCCUCAUAAACCUGUAUUGGAUGAUGUUGACCCAGAAUAUGGACUGCACGACUACAACCUACAUCUUGAUAUGCACAGUGGGAGCUGUGCCUACCUGUGUGGAACUUUCAAGGGCCUCUUCUGCAGAAAAGGUGACAUUGCAAAUGGGUAUUUGAGGCUCACAGUUGUAAGCAUAGAGGAUAGUAUGAAGCACUUGCCUCUUACUGGAAGACUUGGCUUAUCCUGGAAAACAGAUGUGUUUAAAGGCAAUGUAAAGGACUGCUAUGUGAUGGACGUUACUCUCUUGGAUGAAACUGGAAAGCCCUUCUGGUGUUUCAGUGCCCCAGUCCACAUGGAACUGUCCUCCAAGGCAUCCUGCCUUUUUGACUAUAUGGGUCAUACCUAUACCACAGAUUAUGCAGAUUCAGAGGGUAAAGUCAGUGUUGAAUUGGUAUGGUUGGAAGAAACCAAGGAGUAUUUUAUAGUCAAUUUGGUGCUUUAUAUAAGCACCAAAAAGGUAAAUAACUGGUAUGGAACAAAUUAUUGACUUAAUUAGGUCACUAAUUUCCUUGCUUAAAAAAAAAAAAAGGCAAAAAACACACUAAACUUUUGAUGUUUAAAAUUUAUAGCAAUGAAUAAGACUGUUCCUGCAAGUUUUUCGUUAACAAGUGCAAUUGCAUAUUUUUUUUUUUUUUAAUUGGCAUUGGAGAGAUUGAAGAGACAUAUUGAUAUAAAUGAAUUUUUUUCUUCUCUGUUGAACAUCACUUGGUUAGUCUGUUUCUGGUACUGGGUAUAUUGAAAUUAUUUUCAGGAAUAUUUUUCUGUAUACAUACUUGUUACUAUGGCUUACGGUUAACAAAUUACUUCUUGUGAGAGCCAUACUGUGAAGAUGCCUUACCUUAUGUAAGCUACACUGUUUUUGAGAACAUUGACUUUUAUGCCUAGUAGUAAAACAGCGUGUGUGCUGUUCCAUUCAGAUUUGUUAGAGGGUUAUUGGUAAAUAAUAGCUUUUGACAGGUUUUGUUAAAUACAGAAAUACUUCUUUUUUUCAGAAAAUACUUCACUUGAAUCCUAGUAGAGGAUUUAAAAGGUAGACAGGAAGUCACACAUCUGAACAAUAUGGCAGUUAAGGCAUUUGUUAAGAAAAUCACAUAUAAUAUCUAUUGUGAGAUUUCUUUAAAUUUCUGUUUGCUCUGUUUUCCCAUAUUUAACCUUCUGUCUGAGUCUAGAUACUUGCCUCACGUAUUGGCCUAUGAAUAAGCGUCCCAAUUAUCAGCACAGCUGAGUUCAUAUCUGCUCAUAAGGUACUUAACAUUCAGUUGGUUUGGAAACAGUGCAUAUAUGAUACUGCUUAUCUAACAUUAAAUAUUCAUAUAAAAA